CAGCAGUAGACGAGUUUCUGGAAGUGAAGGAUGAGCCUGAAGUCGACCCCUCACUCGGUGAAGCGGUGGCAGCUCAGCGGGACGGACUAUGAGCCGGAGCAGGAGCACAAGCUGAGGAGUGAAACCCGCCUGAGCAUGUGGACGCCCCUGAACAACAAGACCAAUAACACACAGUUAUUCGAGGAGAGGAUGAACCUGGUGCUGCACUGGUUUGAUCUGUGGACAGACAGGCAGAGGAAACAGCUUCUGCACUCUCUGCUUGCACGCUGCAGCAAGUGUCAGCUCAAGUCCUGCAGGGAUCUGCUAAUUGAGACAGUUCCUGUGACUCACCUGGACUUCACUGCAGUGCUGCCUCGGUUCCUGUCCCUGUACGUGAUGUCAUUUCUGUCCCCUCGUGAUCUCUGCUCUGCUGCUCAGGUCAGCUGGCACUGGAGAGUCCUCGCUGAGCAGGAUUGUCUCUGGGCUGGCCGCAGCAUCAGGAGAGGCUGGUUCCUUCCCUACACUCCCGGAGAGAAGGAAUUUGGAGCAUGGAAGAACCACUACGUCUCCUGCGUCUCCACGCUGGACUGGCUGACCCCUCGAGAGGCGGCUGAGCAGUACGGGACCCUCAGCCGACAGAGCACAGGGGAGACUGAGGAGGAGGAAGAGAGGAGGAAGGAGAGGAGGAUCAGGCAGAUGAUCAGAGACAAAUUACAGGAGGAGAAAAGAGAAUCUGUGAGAACCAGGAGAGCCUGGGGCAGCAACACAAGGCAAGAAGGAGCCAGAGGUACUCUGACAGGAAGGCUCAGCUCCAGUCUGACACUCACGUCUUGGCCCGCUCUCUCAUGGCCUCAAAAGACUGUGGGGUCCUCCAGCCUUGAUCUCAGCUUGGACCUGGGAGGCCUAUCUACAUCUCAAAGCCUGGAGAGAGUCCAAGUCUCGACUCUGAGCAGUGAGAGAGCAAACAAAGCCAGCAGAUCGUUGUCCUCCUUCACCUGCAGACCUGCAGCUUCACACUCAGUCCCUGCUGUCCUCUGUCCCGCUCCAUCCCUCUUACUGCUGAUGUCCAACAGAGUCCCAGCCUACGAGCUGCUGCUGAGCGGAGUGAAAGCCGGAGUGGUUGUGGUUCUGUUCGACCACAGGGGGACGCUCUCAGCUCUGUUAACCCAGGCACAAAGAGCCAUUUCUGGGCAGAGAGUUCAAAGGCUGGGUCUGUUAGCUCCUGGAGGAACGGAGGAGAUCCAUCUGCUUCACGGUUGCAGCUUAUCACAGCAGACUCUUCUGACCCCUGAUCACAGAGACUUCUGGGAAAAACUGUCUGGCUGGGUGGCAAAAAGAGAAGAAGGAGGAGUGGUUGAUAUCUUCUCCCCGCUGGCUGCAUCUGCAUCAGGAGUGGCUCUCAUGCAGACUCUCUCUACUCUGACUGGUCUGGAGGUCCAGGCUCCGAUGGGUCUUGGCACCGGGAGUUUCCAGAACAUCCUGAGUGAGUGGUCUGACGGCAGCGUGUGCACCGGGAUCUCCAUCCUGCAGCCAGCUGGCCCGCCUCUGCUCUAUGUGUGUGAGAGCGUCCUUCAGGCCUGGUGCAGACAGGCCCAGUGGAUGGAGGAGGCUCUGGGGGAGCUGAGGGGCUGCCUGGGGCCACGGCUGCAGCGAGCCAGCCUGCAGGCCAGGGGCCGCGCUCUGGGUCAUUUUCUGUGGGAGGAAAUCUGCCUGGAGGAGCUCUGUGUGUCAGAAGGGAUGAAGGAGGCUCUGAUUGAGGGUCUCGCUGCAAUACAGGAAGAGAGCAGACCUGUGGAGUUUCUCGCCCUCUUCCUGACACGAUGGAGUGAGGAGAAUGAGGGACAGACGAGGUGUGGACAGGAAAAAGGCCUCAGUCCCUUAUCUCAGCUACCACAGACGGCGUUGGAUUGGAGAGGUGCGGUUGCCAGAGAGCUGCACCACAGCGAGCGUGUUUAUCUGGGGAAACUGGACGCGGUGCUGAAGGUGUACCAGGAGCCUCUCACUGCAGCUCUCAACUCCAACAGAGCCAUCCUCAGCUUCGCCGACAUCCACAUCAUCCUCCGCCCUGUGGCACAGAUACUGGAGCUCAACAGGGAGUUUCAGGUGGAUUUAGAGGCCCGGCUGCAGCAGUGGGGUGCAGAGCAGUGUGUUGGAGACGUGUUUGUAAAACUGUGCUUGAAGCUCAGAGUCUACACUAACUACCUCAACAACUACACCACCGCCUUACACACCAUCGACAAAUGCAGGGAGACAAAGCCUUCGUUUCGGGCGUUCCUGAAGAGAGCAGACCGAACUCCUGCAACACACAUGCUGAGCCUGCAGGAGCUGCUGCUGUGUCCCGUGUGGAGAACACAGGAGUACGUUACGCUGCUCCAGGCUGUGUCCGUACACACACCACCUGCACACCCUGACCACACACACCUCUCCUCAGCCCUCAGCUCCAUGCUGCGAUUCAGGGACUUCACACAGAAGGUGAAGAGAAACUCAGAGCGGGACAGGCUGAUGGAGGAAACGCAGCAGAUGAUCCAAGGCUGUCCGAACCUUAAUGAGGGAAACAGGCAGCUGAUUAUAACUCAGGAUGCGUCUUUGCUCAGGAGUCCUGAUGACCAGAUCCCAGACUCUCUCAAGACCUAUGAGCAUGUGUCUGACGUGGGCCUCUUCCUCUUCAACGACGCCUUGAUGUUGACGAGGAGAACCGUCCUUCACACCGCGUUCACGCUGGCUCACAGGAGCACACACACUUUCUUGGCCUCUGUGUCUCUGUGCAGCCUGGCAGUGAGAGAGAUCACACACACACGCUAUGUGAGCCACGCCUUUGUCCUGGAGGGUCCGUGUCGAUCGUGGGUUUGCGCCACGGAGAGAGCAGAGGAGAGAGAGAACUUCCUGUGUGUGCUGCGGUCGGCCAUGAAGUCGGCUCUGAGGGGACAUCAGUGACGCCAUCACAGGAGGAGGCGUUUGGACUCCUCCUGUCACAUCAGAGCACCGUCUCCAUCCUCUCCCCUCCACGUUCUCCCCUCACAGGCAGCAGGGCGCCGUUACACCAGUCCCUUUACGACCCGCCCGCUUUGCCUGUUCAAUACGCUACAUGUCAGAGCAGCUGUAAAUGGCCUUUUUGAGACACUUCUCUCUGCAGCAGAGAGCUUUUACAGGACGCAGGGGCGGCUGUGGGUUUGUUUGGUGUCACUGAACGUGUGUGCAGGCUUUUAGAGAGCGAGCGUGAUGGACUUAACGACACCUGGGAGGCUUUUAAUGACAAUGAAAGAGUUUCUGUGGGCUUUGAUUGAAAGGAGAAAGUCCUGUGAAGCUUUCUGCAUCUCCUCCCUACGUGUGAUCAGACACAUGGGAGAAAGAGAAACUUACACCUCAGAGGAAUCGUCGGUAUGAAGAAGACGAGAUGUGGUGUUAAACUUCUGAUUUUAUUGAGGAGUGAUUUGUCACCUGCGAUGUAAAACCCAUGCAAACGUUUUCCACUCCGCGAGGCCGAGCCAGCGUCAUAAAGCACCGAUUUAUCACGCAGAAAGACACACUCCCUGACCUCUUCCUCCUUCCUCUCCCCGCUCGGCAUCAUGGGAGCGGGCGGUUUAAAAACAGAGGUAUUUACGACUCAGCACUCCGCUCUAGAGUUCCUGGAGCUCCACAAACAUGUGGGACUGGCAGGGUGACACCCGCGGCUCAGGUUAAAGAUAGACCGGGUCUCUGUUGGCUAUCUGGCUAUUUUGUAUCAGGGUCCAUCUGUCUGUCUGCACACCUGCCUGUCUGUCUAUGCAGGGCACUGUGAAACUUUAUGACCUGAGUAUGACUAUAAUAAAGAAAUAAUCACACACA